AUGGCUACUGUCUUGUCACCGUCGACCUGGAUACAGGUCCUACCUGUCAGACUCCAGCGCCUCCUCGGAACCCAACAGCCUUCAUCUAACUCCGAUCAAACUUCAACACCCAAGAACUCGACGGAAAGUACGACCGAUCACGACGACGAAUGGGAAGAUUGGGUCAUUCCGACGCCCGAAUGUGAAGAGCCAGUGAGGUUUGCGCCAGCCUUGACUAGAAAGCCGACAAAGGAAGAGAUUCUCGCCUUGAAACUCCCGUUUGAAAAGUUGAUGGCUCGUCAACGGGCCAUUGUGGCCAAUGCUCAGCGGGAUGAGGUUGGAGACAAAGAGGGGAAGCCGAGCCAUGGAGAGGAGGAGGACCUGUUCCACCUCGAGGGAAUACACGAUGGAAUAAGGAUGCCCCCCCAUACGCCACCCGACUCUGAUGAUAUUCGGAGGCGCGGUCCUUUUAUUUUGACUAUUGAUGCGGACAGGUGGCUACGACAAAAGAAACUAGGCGAGAAGCAGAUUGAUGGCUUCUGGUACUUCUGA